GAAGCAUGACCAUCUUGCCCACGGUGCUCUUCCUGAUCACUGGUGUGCUGAGAGACACCGCGGUAAAGACGUCAGAUAACUCGGUCCCUGCGCCGGUGUCUGCGUCUCUGCAGGCCAUCAAAACCAUCCUCAGCUCUCCGCUGGCAGCCAGGAGCCAGACGCAGUGGAGCGCGCUGGUCAGGAGCAGUCUGGCCACCGUCCUCCAGCACUCACAGCCAGACGCGUGCGGAGCCAGCGUGGAUGAGGUCAGUUUGCUGACGGCCGUCACACUGUUUCUGCUGUCGGCCAGCGGUGCGCUGGUGGGCGUCUCCGUCCUGCAGACAGGCUGCAUCGAGCGCUUCAGACACGGACUCGACUCUGCUGAUCCCUGG